AUGCACACAUCGCAAACGAAUGACAAUCCACGGAAGGAUAUCUAUAACUCAGAUAUGAGCAACGCAAAUUCACCAACCACAGACGUCUCCAACUACGGCGUAUAUAAGCCAAGGGAUGGCAUUCCAAAGCUCCACACCUGCAGUAAUACUGACAAAAACAAUCCGCCUUUACUCGAUGAAUGCGCGAUGCACCAAACGAGAUGUUAUGGCCAAAGUGGGUCAUGUAGGAGGAUGAUGCAGCAAUCUAUCUCAGUAGUAUCUGUCCGCCCAAAGCAAUAUACAGUAUCCAAAAUAGGAAAACGUGGGGUUGCCGCUUUGAACACACGGGCCAUCAGUGACAUAAAAUAA